AAGGAUGUAUAUAACAGUAGUACGUUUAUUUCGGACAGGAUUUUAAAUCUCGUGUGUAUCACCUUAAUAUAGCACUACUUUUUUGGAGAAACAAGGAAAGUAAAUAAAUAUAUAUAGAAAUAAUAAAAGCCAGCAGCAGCAUUAUGAAGAAACCAGCUUUCCAAAAUUUACAACGGACCUCUCUCUCUUGUUUCUCUCAGAUUACCUACCAGUUAUCAUAUAUAUUAUAUGCACAACCUCACCUACACAUACGUACAUACCCACAAAGAUGCACACAUUAUUCAUGGAUGUAUUAUCAAUGGAUGAGAUGGUUUCUGAAAUUACAAGAAUUCACAAAUCCUUACCCGAAAGACCUGGAGUUGAAGAAAUUGAAGCUGCAAAGUCGUUGAUUUUAAAUGUUGAAGCUGAUGAUGAAUCAAGAUUUCAGGCCAUUGCUAAACAAAUUAAGAACCCACAAGUACCUGAUGAGCUUUUCUUAAUCUUGCAAGAAAUGCAGAAGAAUUUGGUCUUUUUCCAAAGCAAGGAACAGCGAAGAGAGGCUAUUAGGCUCUUGGAUCUUGAGAAUGUCCACUUGCUGUUUGAUGAAAUGAUUCAGAGAGCUUCCAUGUGUUUGAAUUUCCCCAUUGUCUCUGCUUUGAAUUCUGCUGAUUCGGUUUCCACCACUGAUUUGUCGAAUUUUGGGUCUUUUGAGGCUAAUUCAUCCACAACAACAGGCUCGGGCUCAGGGUCGUUUAGUUUGUUUUAUGAGAUGGAUGAUUUCAACGUUUUUUCUCAAAUGUCUACGAGAGAUGAUAGUUAUGUGAAGAAGGCUAAAUCUAGUGAUGGGAUUGCAGGUGUGCCUCAAUCUGAAGUUGUUUUCACUCCCCAAAUUGUGGAUUCUAGUUUGAAACCAGUAAUUGCUUCAGGUCAAGGAGAGAAAAUGAGUCUUAUAAAGUUUGCUAGUUUAAUUGAAGUAUCUGCCAGGAAGAAGACACAUGAACUUAAUCUUCGGGGUAAAUUGAUAGAACAAAUUGAAUGGCUCCCAGAUUCAAUUGGUAAGCUAUCUAGUUUGACCACAUUGGAUAUAUCAGAAAAUAAGAUUGCAGCUUUACCCUCCACAAUUGGAGGGCUUUCAUCUUUAACAAAGUUGGAUUUGCAUUCUAACCAACUGGUUGAACUCCCUGAUACAAUUGGAGAUAUCCUUAGCUUGGUGUCUCUUAAUCUGAGGGGAAAUCAUUUGACAUCAUUGCCAGCUACAUUUGGUAGAUUGGUUCGGCUUCAGGAUUUUGAUUUGAGCUCAAAUCUCCUUCAUUUUCUUCCUGAAUCAAUAGGGUCACUUGUUAGUCUAAAGACAUUUAAUAUUGAGACUAACAACAUCGAAGAACUUCCUUAUACUAUUGCUCAUUGUUCCUCUCUAAAGAAGCUCCGUGCAGAUUAUAAUCACCUUAAAGCCCUUCCUGAAGCUGUAGGACAUCUUGCAUCUCUUGAAGUAUUGACUGUACGCUAUAAUAAUAUUAGUAGACUGCCUACCACAAUGGCAUCUCUAGAAAAUUUGAAAGAGCUUGAUAUUAGUUUCAAUGAGUUAGGCUCUAUGCCGGAGAGCUUAUGUUUGGCUACUACUCUUGUAAAGAUGGACAUAAGCAACAAUUUUUCUGAUCUACAGUACUUGCCUAGGUCCAUAGGAAAUCUCAAGAUGCUAGAAGAGUUGAAUAUGAGCAAUAACCAGAUAAGAAUCCUUCCAGAUUCUUUUAGUAUGCUAUCAAAAUUACGUUUCCUAAAUGUGGAAGGGAACCCACUGGAAGAGCCACCAAGAAGUGUUACUGACAUGGGUGCUCAGGCUAUUGUUCAAUACAUGGCUGAAUAUGUUGCAAAGAGGGAUGUGAAUGUAGAACCAGUUAAGCCGAAAAAGUCAUGGGCUUCAAUAUGCUUCUUUUCGAAUUCUAAUAAAAGGAAGCUCAGUGGAAUGGACUAUGUUAAAACCUGACUUUUGGCAAGGUUUAGAAAACAAGAUGCAAUUCUUCCUGGAACUUGGGUGGCACUGAUGUGGAAGGAAAUGAGAUCUUGUUGCAGCUGAUGCUUCAUUUGGAGUCUAUUAGAUUUCACAUAUGAUUUUGAUUCCUCCCUCGUGAAUUGUUGAUUACUUUUUUUAUUUCCAAGUAAUUUUGGUAUUGCUUUCUUAUAUUGUAAGGCCUUAAAAUGAGAUGUCAAUUGUCACGACAAAGUUUCUAGGGCAGCGUAUGUUGUAAUUGACCUUUCUUAGUGUUCAAUGAAAUUCGGGAUUAGGAAUUUACGAAUCAUGUAGUGUAAUUUAACAAUUUAAUAUUUUAUAAACUGAAUUUACCGUUCACUUCCCCUACUUUUUCAUUAGGGAAUUAUUAAAUAAAGUAUAUUGUUUUGUGAAACAAGAUGACUUGAAAUUGGAAGUUUAACAAGAAAGAACGGAAGAUCACUUGGAUUCCAUUAUUUUUGGUAACUUUCUUAAAAUAUUGUAAUAGGUGGGUUUUGUUGAAUAAUGUUGUAAAAAUAGUACUCCAUAGCUCUUUUGUUGCACUUGUAAUAGAGUUGUGUGAAAUGAUCCAGGUGAUAUCGGGUACCUGUCUACUCAAGCAUCGGGUCAUAUUAUUUUUAGGUUGUCCAGAUUUGGGUCCGGGAUCAUACUAUUCAGAUAUAAAUAGAUCGCAAGUAUUAAGGGUUCAGAUCUGAACUGAAUAUGAGCCAAUAUCAUACUUUCUAAUUUUUAACCGGAUAGUUUAUGAUCCACCGAAUAUGAUCUACUAACAUUAAAUAUCAUUAUCAUUUUAAUUAGAGUUAAUUACACUUUGUAAACCCUAGGUUUGCUCCAAACGCAGUCUAAUACCUGAACUUUAAAACGUGGCAAUAUGCACCCUAAACUUAACAUUCUCGUGCAAGUUGUAACUCCUAGUCACUAUUCUGUCCAAAUCUACCUUUAACUUUAACUGUUUGAGAGAUAACAGUGUGUAUAUUAGUUUCUAGCAGUU